AAACACCGCCAGCUGCAUGAGUUGAGGGAAAAGUUCAUCUCAGCUUUCUCUCUACAUUUAUUCACAAAAAUCCCCCUCAGCUAAGCCCCCCAAUCGACAAACUUUAGAUCAGAGAGUUGCGCAAACUUUGGUCGAUCCCAAACUUGCAGGGAGUUUGCUCGUUAGGACAUUCUUCGAGGGAUUGCAGAAGGGGUUUAUUGAGAUUAGUCCCUUUUUUUUGCUUUUUCACGUGAAAGAGCCUUUAUAAGGCGUCAUUUUGUUGAGGACGGUGGAGCGCUACACCACAGGAAAAGGACUCUAUUUUUAUUUUUUUGUGUGCAAAAGUUGAAUUUGUGCAUUUCAACAUGGCAGCGUAUACAUUACCGGAGGGAUUCACGGAGUUUGAUAUGACUACAUUCGGCGUAGCGCUUCUCGUUGCGGGUAUGCUUGGAUUUUUUCUCAAUGCCAUCAGCAUCGUGUCUUUCCUCACAGUGAAGGAGAUGCGGAAUCCCAGUAACUUCUUUGUGUUCAAUCUCGCUGUGGCUGACAUCAGUUUGAAUAUUAACGGACUCACAGCUGCAUAUGCAAGCUAUCUCAGAGUUUGGCCAUUUGGUCAAGAUGGAUGUUCCUUUCACGCUUUUCAGGGGAUGAUUGCAGUCCUGGCGUCCAUCAGUUUCAUGGCUGCCCUCGCUUGGGACAGAUAUCACCAAUACUGCACCAGACAGAAGCUCUUCUGGAGCACUACUCUGACGAUGAGUGCAAUCAUCUGGAUUCUUUCCAUCUUCUGGGCUGCUGUUCCUCUCAUGGGAUGGGGCGUCUAUGACUUUGAGCCUAUGAAGACUUGCUGCACGCUGGACUACACCAGAGGGGACAGGGACUAUGUGACCUACAUGCUCACUAUAACGGUGCUCUACCUGAUGUUCCCAGCUUUCACCAUGGUGUCAUGUUACGAUGCCAUCAAUAAACACUUCAAGAAGGUCCAUCAACACAGGUUUAACACAAAUGUGCCCUUGAGGGUACUGCUGAUGUGCUGGGGCCCCUACGUCCUCAUGUGUAUCUACGCCUGCUUCGAGAACGUGAAGCUCGUAUCUCCAAAGCUAAGAAUGAUCCUUCCAGUUGUGGCAAAGACAAAUCCCAUCUUCAACGCUCUCCUCUACUCAUUUGGAAAUGAGUUCUACCGAGGCGGCGUGUGGCACUUCCUCACCGGACAGAAGAUUGUUGAGCCGGUUAUUAAGAAGUCACAUUAAAAGGAAACUCAAUAUUUUGUGGCAAAACUACCAUUAGUUCUUAUCAUAGGUUCCUCACUGGUAUGGUAUUGUAAACACUGUUGAGCCAUUUAGAUUGUUGUAAUAUUUUCACACGUGGAUAGUAGCUGAAACUCCAGACAGCCUCACGCUGGAUUUGUGUAAAUUUACUAAACGUGUUGUGGGUAAUUUAUCAAAUUUCAAAUUAUUGCAUUCUUUCUGCAGCAAUUUGUAUUUAACCUGCACUGCUCCUCCGUCCGUGUUAGACCACUUACAAUAAACACACUGUGUUGCUGCUCUUCUACUGUAUGCUCCAUCUGCUUUAAGGUGCUGAAUAACUGAGCUGCUGUAAGUAAGCGCCUAAUUUCGACAGUUGACCAGCAUCCAGAGACGGCCUCUCAUGAACAAGGCUUUCUCAACCCUUUACUAAGCAGAUCAGUCACAGUUGUUGACAGUUUGAGGUGAUGUAACUUCUAUGUAUAGUAAGGAAGCAUUCACUGUGUUAAGACUGUAUUAUGCAAUUACACUAUAGUCAACACCUGAAGUAAAGUGAAUUUAUUCAAAUUUCUGAGUAGCCUAUUACUUUAAAUACAUAAACUGAUAAAUAAAGACAGUGUGGUGGA